AAUAAUCAUCCCCUUCUGUGUUUUGCAGAAGAAAAAAUAAGUCAAACAGGUUUGGGACAACAUGAGAGGGAGUAAAUGAUGACUGAAAAAAUGAAAGAAUUGUAAUUUUUUCAGUGAACUGUCCCUUGAAACGUGUCUUUCUUUGUAGAGCUGAUCAGCAUUAUCAAUCAUGAUGUGGAUCCUUCAGAAAGUGCAGGCGGGAGCAGAAAAUCUCCCGAUGCAGAUCAAUCACCUCAUCAGCAAAAAUAAGGAGGAGAUUUCAGCCAAGACCAGCAUCUUCAAUAAACUGCACUGCAACGUCCUCACACCUGAAAAAAUUCCUGAAUUUUUCCUGCCUCCCAAACUGACCAAGCGCUGCCUCAUGGCAGAUGCUGCAAAAAUCUCACAGUGUCUGAACGAAGAAAAAAAAGCUUUCAGUUGUGGAAAAGCAUCACUUUCAAGACCUGGUACUGCCCAGCCACUGAGAGCGAGUCUAAACAAACCUACAGCGGCGUCAAACAAACUCAAACCCAUCCCAUACUCACUGAAAUGCUACGAGUCGGGUUUAUUCGAGAGUCCGAACACGCGCCGCAAAGAGUCUUUGUUCCACUCGGCACUUACCAGUUACACACUAGAGCGAAUGACCAUCAAAACACCCAAACUGUCCUUCAGACCAGUGCUGAAGACGGCCAGCAGUGAGAGUGACACGCCCUCUGCUGACUCCUCCCCUUAUUCAACACCUCCACCAAUCAGAAGAGAGGAUUUCACCAGCGACCAGUCGACCUCUGAGGAGCCGCAGCAGCAAGAUGUUCAUGCCUCUAAAGACAAGAAAAAGAAAGUUCACUCCACUCCAGAUAAAAAGCUUGUGUCAAAAGUCUGUCAGCGUGCUAAAGUUAUUCAAUCAUCCCAUUGCUCCAAACUAGCCCCGCCCAUCCAGUUGCCCCUGGACAUGCUGCACUGCCAGGAACGUUUCCAUCAGGAGCACGUGCUUCCUCUUCCUCAGAGAGGCCGGGUGCGCGUCUCUGCCUUCAGGACCAGUGCAGCCCAGAGCUCUACGACAGUUCGCAUCCGCGUGAUCUCUGUGGAAGGCUUGAGAGAUCCCAGCGACCUUCGACCUCUGACCUGCAGCUUGACCCUAAGCCUCGCUCCAGGCAAGCUGCAGCGGCAACACAGCGCCAUCAUCAGGAACUGCCGUAACCCCGUGUUCAAUGAAGACUUCUUCUUCCAGGAGCCCGAGGAGCAGCAGGGCAGUCUGGGAGAUCUGGCUCUGAGACUGAAGGUGCUGGAUAAGGCCUCAGGCCUGGGCCGAGGAGUGGUGCUGGGAAUCGUCAUCAAACCUCUCUCUCAGCUACUGCCUCAGUGAUGGGAACACAAGGAAAUGAGCUCCAUCUGUAGUUCUGUUUUUGUGUGCAAGAAACCUGGCAUUCUCAUAAUUGCAAUACGUUUGCACUCCCCUGAAAAACACCGUGCUCCAUUGCAAGCUUUGUGUUGCCCCAAGAAACUUUACAUUUGUUUGCAUUGCCUGAGAAACUUGGUGUUCAGUUGCAACAUUUUUGCAUACUCCAGAGAGAAUCUGCAUUCGCUCACAUAACUUAAAAAUAACAGCACAUAACGUUCCCAUAACAUUCACAUAACAGCAAACACAAAAGCAUUUAAAUAUAAUCGUUUCUCUGAUUUUUUCUUUGACCAUGUCUCCAGUUCUGCUCAGUUUUACCUUUAUUUUUUACAAUGUUAGGAAACUUCAUGCUAGUUACUUGCUAGUAUGAUCUGAGCUGUGUGUUUUACCACAAUCAAAAUGUAUAUAAUGUCAACAUGAAACUACAUCCAGCCAUAAAGUAAAAAAAAAAAAAA